AUGUCGCUCGUAGACUCAUCCUCGAACGACAAACCAUAUAUAUCGGCCAUGUUAUCUGCCAUCAAGGCGAGUCCCAUCAGGUCUUCUCGCACGAGCAAACGUGAAACAGCCAACAAACUUUAUACCACGCAAUCUUCGGCAACAGUGCGUUCGACAAACUCCCCAUUUCUAUUUUCAUUUAACCUAUUUCUCAUGAAGCGAAAGUCAAUCGAGUUGCUCGACGUCAACGGGAAAAUCAAACAAGGCCCCUGCUUCGAUCAAACACGCAUCCCCACUCCAGUCCGCGAGUCAUCCAGCAACCCUGAAAGCCCAGAACAGGCUGCUCGCCUCAGCAAAAUGCUCCGUGGAUCGCCAGACCCCAAAAGUCAGAAUCCUGGAUGUCGUGCAGUUGUGUUUCAGUCUGAGGGGCGUAAUUCGUUAAUAGGCCUCCUGGAGCGUAUCGUCCGCCAUUUAGCGGAGGCCACUUUUGGCUUCAACAGAGUCAUCUUCACGACUCAGAUGCUAAUCCCCCCUCAAGCCUCACCAGGCAAUAAUCCGCUUGUCCGUGACGAUAACCGUUUGCAAAACGCCAGCCCCACUGUCACCCGCGCCACUUGCCUUCGUCCAGUACCAAAGAAGAAGGUUAUGCAGGGGUUUCUUGGACCUUGCGGAGCCUGUAUAAAUCGUCCCUGUGCUGGGGAUAUACUCCGAAUCCGAUAUCACUACCUCGCGGAUCUUUCACCAUAUGUAGCCCAGGUCGUCACGGACCGCGUCCUUCUCGUUCAAGAUUCGUGCGAGCCUUCAUCCUCGCUGAAACCCACGUUGAGUUGCGGCCCGCUCAGGAACAAUCUCUCUUCCGAGGAGCAAACUGAGUGGACGCUACUACCGAUAGACUUUCACCAGAAACUAGACUUGCUUGGAGAGCAUUGAGCCUUUUAGCUCAUUGCUUUAAAGUUCAAGCAGCGCGUUUGCAGACUCGGUUAACCAUUGUCACCAACGCCUCCUGCAUAGUCAGCCACGUUUCUGGUUUGGUUAGCAUUCCCUUU